GCAGACUGUGAAGCCAACAACUGUUGCUACGAUUCCAGCAGCAACACCAGUCCAUGCUACUAUGCCAAUGAUGUGACUGUGCAGUGCACCCUGGAUGGCCAGUUUGUGGUGGUGGUGUCUGAGAAAGUGACCCUUCCUCCCCUGAAUCUUGGGUCCAUCCAGUUGGUGAACAGCAGUUACCCCAGCUGCAGCCCUGUGACCAGCCUGCCCAGCUUUGUCGUGUACCAGUUUCCAGUCAGUGCCUGUGGCAGCACAGUUCAGGUGUCUGGUGGUAAUGUGACUUACCAGAACACAAUGUUUGCUGCCAUCACUAGGGUGAGUGAACCAGAGGUCUCCAUCACCAGAGACAGUGUCUACAAGUUAUUCUUCCAGUGCACAUACUCAGGAAGCCAGGAUGUGCAAGUGGAGGCUGAGGUGUAUACUGUGGCGCCACCUCUUCCAGUAGUAGAGCAAGGGCCAUUUGACCUGGAAUUGGUCAUUGCAACAGAUUCCUCCUGUGGCUCCUACUAUGUGGAUACUGACUACCCAGUGACCAAAACUCUGAGGGAUCCUGUGGCUGUGGAAGUGCACAUUGUGAACAGGACUGACCCUAACCCUGUGCUGACUCUUGGGGACUGCUGGGUCACCCCAGGACCUUCUGCUUCCAGCCAUCCACAGUGGAGGCUUCUGGUGAAUGGAUGCCCAAACACAGGAGACAACUAUUUGACCAGCUUGGUGACUGUGGACAGCACAUCUGGAGUGGCCUACCCAAGUCAUUACAAGAGAUUUGUUUUUGAGAUGUUUGUGUUUGUGGAUCCUGUAGCUCAGCAAGCCUUGGCUGAAAAGAUCUUCAUCUACUGUGUUGCUGCUGCCUGCUAUCCAUCUGCCACAGACCCCUGUACUCAAAGCUGCCCUGCAAAAAUAUCUGGCACAGCUGCAGACAAGUUGGCACGAAUUCAUUCAUCCAGGAAGAAUGUGCUCCUACAGUGGUCCUGUCCUCCUUGAGACUGACCAGGUGCAAACAUCCAGACUGGAGCAUGAAGCCUCUCUUCCCACUGGAUACCUGGUGUUGGGAGCUGCAGCUGCCAUCUUGAUGGUGGUCCUGGUUUUGUCUACAGUUGCUGUGAGAAGGUUGAA